AACAAAAAAGAGGGGGAAAGUCUACAACUGGUUCAUUAGACGCCCACGAGCUGAUCUGGUAACACUGUGAGCAUCAAGAGAAGUUAGUUGAAGAGGAAGAGAAUCGCGAUGGUGUUCACCUCAGCGGUUCUCCUGCUCCUGUCUGUGGGUUUAUUCACAGUAACAGACGGUUUUUUUGAUGACUGUGAGAGCUACUUCAACAGCGAUAACGAGUAUAUGCCUUCGGAAAACUGCGGGUUUAUGAAACACUGCUGUGGAAGCUGCGAUAACAGAUACUGCUGCUACUCUGAAUCUUCAAGAUUAUCCGAUUAUGAUCAAACAAUGUGCACUAUUGAUGUUAACUUUAUGCUUUUUCUAAUGCUUGUUACUUCAUGUUUUUAUCUGUCCAGUGGCAGAAACAUUAGAACUGCCAUUGGUUUAUCAAUAGCAGGGGUUGUGGUCUUCAUCGUCUUGUUAAUCACCUGCUGCUGCUGCCCCUGCUGCUGUAUCUAUCAAACGUGCAGAAAACCCAGACAUAAGUGUUUAAGUGUUAAAGAAAUACUUGAACAAAAACUGAAAAUGUACUUGUCCUCAGGCCAUUCAAGAUGUAGAUGAGUUUUGUUUCUUGAUCAGAAAAUAUAUAUAUAUAUUUUUUUUUCAUUUUCUGGCUCACCAUUGAAUCCUCUGCAGUGAA